AUGCCUUUACUACAACCUUCUACUUGCUUCUGUUACCCCCUAAAACUUCCGCCAUCACCGUUAGCUUCUGAUUCCAACGAGUUGGAUGAAUGCGCCAGGAAAAGGUUGACGCUGGAUUGCCGGACGGGUUCAGCUGUGACACUAACUAGGUCUAAUAUAUUCGUGCAUGGUGGUCUGACCAUCCCAUUAAAUCUACCUGUCGUAAAUUCCAUGCAAUUACAAAAGGAGCUUAUUCUAUUCUUUGCAAAAGAAAAGAAUAAUGGCAGCUCCUUCAGGAAUCUAAACGAGUGGAUAAGUAAAGAGACCUUUUUCUUAGACCUAAUGUCUCGAACUUGGUAUAGGGUGAAAACGUCUUUUGACCAGAAGACAGAGGAGUUAUUACAGGCAGAGAAUUCCAAUUUCAAGUUAGACGCUGAUACAAGCGACGUUCAAGUAGACAUUAGGAAAGCCAAAUCUCUCGAAUCCCCGCUCAAGGAAAGACUAUUUCAUUCUCUGUGCUAUUUAGAUGGCUGUUUGUAUAUAUUUGGUGGUCUCACUGUAUCUCCGCAAAGUGGGUAUGAGUUGAUUGCUGCUAAUGAACUAUGGAAAUUAGACUUAAAUACUAAGAAGUGGUCGCUUUUAAGCGACGAUCCUCAAAUAGCAAGAAGGUUUAACCAUACUAUGCAUGUCAAGAACGAAAACAAUGAUAAUAGAGACACGAAGUUGAUAAUUGUUGGCGGGCUAAAUAAUAUGGAUCAGCCAGUCAAGAAAAUAGACAUCUAUAACAUAACGCAAAAUUGUUGGCAAGCGGAAACCAUACCCAAACAACCAAUGGAUAUCACCACAAACGUCAAUGGCAUACCCCUGGCAUUGGCAAAGGAUCAAAAUUUUUCCAUUCUGGUUGAAAAUAACGAGGCCAAUGUUCCAGCACUGGCGUUCUACAUGCGAAGUGAUCAAAUAGACGAAUAUCUCGGAAAAGGUUCAUCUGAUAUAAAGGAACAUUCACCGAUAGUGGCAUUGCCUCUUUUGUCUGAAUCUCAUGGUAUUAGGAUGCCCUCGAAUGCGGCGUUACCGAAAAAGCUAUUGAACGUUCCGUAUGAACUAUUAGCGCCGACGGGGGACUAUUUCGGGUUUAAUAUUGUGAUUGGCGGAUUUCAUCCAAAUUACCAGUCUACCAACUUUCAUUGUUUUAUUUACGACAUUAAUUCGGGCAAAUGGUCACGGGUCGCUACCUCUUGUCCUGACUGUGAUAUAAAUAAGCACCGAUUUUGGAGAGUGUUUGUAUGGAAGUCACAUCAUCAGACAAUAUUAUUGGGUACCAAGACAGACGAUUAUUAUUCACCCAGUGUGCAAAGGUUUGAUCAUCUUGCCACUUUUGGACUACCCCUUGUGAAUAUCUUCAACAAGACGAUACAGUUGCCCCAUCAUAGAACUUCGGCUUCAUCUUUACCAAUGCCUAUAGAAAAUUUUGCCAAAAAUAAGGACACUCCAUUAAGAAAACUGAGCUUCACUUCAUCAGCCACUUCGCAAUUUGAAAAUUACAUCAGAUAUAUAGCUCCGCCUUUAGAAAUGACUUCUAUCCAGUCCGUUUUCCCACCUUAUGCCAUGGUUCUAGGUAAAGACGCAUUAGAAAUUUAUGGGAAACCCUUAUCAGAUUUCGAGUUUAUUACUAGUGAAGGUGAUUCUAUCGGUAUACCAUGUUAUUUAUUAAGAAAAAGAUGGGGUCGUUAUUUUGACAUGCUUUUAUCUCAAAGUUAUACUAAAGUUUGCGCCGAUUACGAAACCACUGGUACGCAGUCUACUUUAAUAAAAUUCUCGCCGCAUUCCUCCAGAAAUAGUUCCAAAGCCGUAAGGCAGGAAGGCAGACUUUCCUCAUCGGGUUCACUCGACAACUAUUUUGAGAAAAAUUUCCCAAUAUUUGCAAGAACUGGUGUUGCAGAGACUCAAAAUUCACGCCCUCAAGUAGCAAAUACAGACGCAAAACUUUCAAAUACACCUAGUAUGUCAGAUGAAUCAAACUCUUCCACUUCUUCUGAGUUAUAUUCCACUCCUCAUUACCAACACAAUAAUGAGGAGGAUGAUGAGGAUCCCGUUUCUCCGAAGCCUAUAUCAAAAUCAAACAGUAUUUAUAGACCCAUUAGGAAAACAGAAAGUUCGUCAACGACAAGUUCUUCAAAUGGUAUGAUUUUUAGGGUGCCUUUCAAAGAAAAAGCGGCAGUAAUGUCAAAUACAGAAGCUCUUUUAGAGACGAAUCUUUCAUUGCAAGAAUUAAGCCGAAGAAGAUCGUCACUUAUAAGUACCCCAUCUGGUGAGAUUCUCAGAUCGUCUAUAUCUGAAGCAGAACAUCAACGCCGUGCAUCGCACCCUCUUACCUCAUCGGCGCUGUUUGAAGGUGGAGGAACGCCUUGCGGCAAAAAACAGCAACAGCAUGCUCUACAAAAUCUUCAUAAUCAUUUGUCUCCUCGGAGAUUUUCCAGGAGUGCAAGAAGUUCAAUUUCCUAUGUAAGUUCUUCUUCUGACAGGCGUGGAAAUUCAAUUUCUAGUAGAAGCACAAGUGAGAGCCUUGGAACGCCACCAAUUUUAGGAGUCUUAAAUGUUCCAUUACCUCCUCAAACAAAAGAACCUGACGAACCCCCUCCACCAUGUCCUUCAAGCACUAGUUCUAAUGCAAGGCGGAGCAAUACUUUAACAGAUUACAUGCAUUCCAAUAAGGCUAGUCCAUUUUCUUCUCGUAGGCCAUCACAUAUCAGUAGGCGUUCUAGUACACCAGAAACAGAAAAUGCAUUUUCUGUAACGCCAAGAGCAUCUUUGGAUGGUCAAAUGCUAGGAAAAUCGUUAAAAGAAGGUUCCGCAUCACAAUACCCACAACCGAGAUUGAACUCUUUCCCGAAAGCUAAUGAAACAAUGCAAACACCUACAUCAUCUAAUAAUGAAUGGAGUCGUCAGUCUGUUACUUCAAAUACAGAUAGUCUUGAUAGUCUGCAGUCUAAUUUUGCCUUAGAGUUGGAGCCCCUAUUAACCCCAAGGUCACUAUAUAUGCCCUGGCCAACUUCCACGGUUAGAGCUUUUGCUGAAUUUUUUUAUACGGGCCAAGUAAACAGUAAAUGGCUCCUGGCACCAGUAGCGCUUGAUUUAUUGGUAAUGGCAAAGAUCUAUGAAAUACCGCUACUGUAUAAAUUGAUUCUCGAAGUUCUCUACUCGAUUUUGGCUAAAAAAGAAGAAAGUUUAUCCCUAAUAUGUACUUCGUUAAUGGAAACCUUCCACACCAAAGUUCUCAACUACUACAAGGGAGAUGAAGAAAGAACAAAAAACUAUUUAAGUUCAAAUGACAACUAUCAAGAACUCCUGAAAUUAAAGGUGUCCCUAGAGAAUAUUGAUAACGGAUAUUACGAUCCAGAUUUGUUGCGCAAGCAGUCAAGAGCACACUCUUCAAGUACACAAGAAAGUAGUGGGAGUGGGAAUGGUGAGAAAACCGCAACUGGUGCUGGCUCCCCGGAUAAUUCCUCAAGUAAUGUUCCUACAGUCUUUGCUGGUGGGCCCAGAGAUAGUCACAAUUCAGUAGGUUCUAUCGGGUUUCCAAAUAAUAUGAACAUGCAGGGCUCAAGGAGAUCAACGUCUGGAUUUUCUCCUCGCGUUAAGAUGAAGUCGAGUUUGAGUAAGGAAAUAAAUCCGAAAUCGUUCUAUGACGAAUAUGAGUCAAAAGAAUGCAAAAGUUUUGAAGAUAACGAUGAUCAGCAAACAAAUAUUGGGAGUUUCAACCUUAACCUGUUUGAUAUCAAUUAUGGCUCCAUCAGUAGUAGUAGUACUAACAGUAUUAGUAGUAGUGACCUAGAAGGAAAGGAAGAACAGGAACAACUUCAAGAAUUAUUAGACAUGGAAAGGGAAGAUUCCGCAGAGAUUUUAGACGCAAGGUUCAAGACCAAAGAAAACAAUAAACUGGCGAAAGAUAUUCUAAAAGACAAGAAACAAGUUUACCCAUCGCAAGAGAAAAACAACGUCUUCAAAACUAAAGAAGGGAAAGACACUAAAGACGACAAGGAGGAAGAGGAAGAGUUUGAUUUUGGCUUGGGGAUGCUUUCACUCAAUAAAAUAAAAAGGGAAGCUAAACAUGUUGACAAGAUAGACGAUUCCGUGGACCCUUUGUUCAAAUCAUCUGGCUUCCCACAGAGUCCUAUUCGAGCAUAUGGGUCUACCACAAGGACUAGUUCAGCUUCUGGAAAGCCAUAUAGAGACAGUCGUCCAUUUAAUGCAUUUUCUGUUUUGACAUUGGAGAAUAUGGCAUCUGCAAAUGCUCUGCCUCCCGUUGAUUAUGUCAUAAAAUCAAUUUACAGAACCACUGUAUUAGUGAAUGAUAUUAGAUUAAUGGUUCGCUGCAUGGAUUGCAUUGAACUAUCUAAAAAUUUAAGAGCACUUAAGAAGAAAACAAUCGAAGAUAUAUCAAAAUUGAAAAGCAUCUCGAAACCAUCACCAUAG